ACAGACCAUCCUUAUCAGGCAGGUCAGGUUACGCUUAUUCUCUCUUUUGACCUCCUCCCCCCUGCAUUCUUUGGCCUGCUCGACCGAAUUAUUUCCCUUGUCACCGUCUCCCCGCACCAGGGGUCGUCGGAUCUUUGACAGUCCGCGACCCUCCAACGACCAAGAACGUUGCCUCCAUCAGACCCAGGAAAGGUCAGAAAACAACCAAACACUGCCGACAAAGAUGUUUUAACAACCUGGAACGGCUUUCCCAUGAUCGACGUUCCCGGAUCUAGCUGAGGCCGAAGUAGCCGUGCUGUAUCCUCUGGCAAUCCGUCGUCAAUGUCACGAUGCAUGCCCUACCCUUACCUGUCUCUCUCUCUCUACGGCUGCCGCGUGCCGUUCCAUUUGGAGGAAGAGUGGAGUGGUCUGUCGUCCCGUCUUCCGGUAAAGAGCUUCAUAUAAGAUGGCAGGUGCCCUCGUUCCGAACUAAUGAAGUCAUAUUGGAUCACUUCUCUUCUCAGUCAGUCGCUCUUGUUUGGUGUAAGCAAUAGAGGCUAGGUACCUCAUCACCCCCCCAACGGCCGGCCCAAUACGUUCACUUCGAUCAUUUAACCUUCUUAGUAAUCUAUUUUUUUUAUUCUUCUUUUAUUUUAUAUUCGACCUAAUCAGCCCCGGUGGCCGACGACAUUCGCUGAGCGAUAUUUUGAGCAACGAAGACAAGAGAAAGAAACAGAAACUACAAAGAAACACAGGACCCGUUCACUCCUUCAGACAAGUCAACAUGAGGCCAUUUGCUCCUUUUACCUUCAGCAGCCUUCUUGGGCUCGCUGGUCUGGUUCUUGCACAGAACCAGAAUGUCAACUUUAAUCAGGUUGCCAACAUUAAUGGUGAUAUGCAACUUAAUACGCUGCAAUUCCCAGAUGGAACCAAAAUCGAGACCUUCUCACAAACGCAACAGCAGGUUCUCGUCAAUCAGAACCCCAACCCACUGCCGCCCAACAACGUCGUGGGCAGCACCGGUCAACCGUUUGUGGCUCUCCAGAAGCAGUCUGUCAUCAUCCAGACAAAUCGGGCUGUAGACCUGGUUGGCGGCCAGAUUGAGCUCCCCAUCGACGCAAACGAGCUUGCACGCCAGAAUAUCCUUAUGGACAACACCUUUGUUGCCAUGUUGUCUCAGGAUCGUCAGGCCUGGAUUAUCCAGGAGGCCGUCAAGAGCGUCAACGGCACCGACAAGACGGCGCGCAUGGUCAAACUCAACCGCAUUGACGGCGAGUACAUGAUCCUCGGCAGGAAGACGGCCGAGACCGGUCAGAGCCUGACGCCCUUCGGCAACCAGGCCGCCAACCAGGUCAAGAUAGAUGGCGCCGGUCUCCAGGAGGUCGAGUUCACUGACGGCUUCCGCUUGUCUAUCCGCUCGAACCAGCCCAUGGUCGUGCAGACCGAGGUGGUUAAUGGGGUCAAUGCCGGUCAGCUUAGCGGUGGAGCCCAGGCCGUGAACAACUUUAGGUAUCUGGUUACGACCAACUUGGGUGGUCUGCAGCCGGGAUUGGACAACAUGGUUGCUGUUGUGCAGCUGCCGAUCAACCCCGCUCGUCUGAUGGCCACCGCCCAGGCAAUGGGUAUGUCUGACGCAUCAGCCAUACAGCUCAGCGUCGCCCAGCGUGGCGUGCUCGCAAACCCCGGCGGUGCCCAGAACAUUAUUGCACCGGCUCCCCGGGUCAGGAGACAGGAGGGCAAGGGCAAAGGCCAGGGCAACAAUGCGAACGACAACAACAACAACAAUAAUAAUGCUCAAAACAACAACACCCAAAACAACAACAACAACAACAAUAAUAAUAACAACAACCAGAACAACAACCUCCUUAACAACAAUCAGCCUCUCCUUCUCGACAACCAGUUCAAGGCCAUCAACUCCCAGCCCGUGCUUGACAUGGCAAACAUGCGCAUUGCUGUUCCCGUCCAGAGCCUCGACGGCGAGUUCAUUCUAACUGUCGGAGGCGCCGCUGCUGGUGGUGCUGCCCAACGUGCAGGCGCCGGCAACGCCGCUGCUCCCGUUGCCGCUCCCGUCGCCGCCCCAUCCGCAGUCCCAUCCGCCGCUCCUGCUGCCGCUCCUGCUGCUGCUCCUGCUGCUGCUCCUGCUGCCGCCCCCGCUGCCGCCCCCGCUGCCGCCCCUGCCGGUGGCAUCCAGCAGAUGGGCAAGACCCCCGGCAAGGCUAAGCGCCAGGAGGCUGCUCCCGCUGGUGGAAUUAUAAUCCAGAUGGCCGACCUCAAGUCCAUGGUGAACAGCAUGAUGACCGGCUCUCAAGAUACCGCGCCCGUCUGGUCCAUGAUGGUCGACUACGCCAAGGCCAACGGUGCCUCGAAGCCUGAGGGUUUCCCUGCCCCGCCCCCGCCCGCUGAGGCCCCCGCCCAAGCUGCUCCUACUUCGACUCCGGCUCCUGAGGCCCAGCCCGCGCCCGCUCAGCGCAGGAGCAGGAUCUACCGCCAGGCUGUUUAG